AACAAUCGCGAUGUAACGUCGAGUAUCGACGACGACGUAUGGGGUGGACGCGAGAUCGUCGUCGUCGUCGUCGUCGUGCCGGAUGUCGCAAUCAGCAGCGAACGCCUGAAGAGAAUUGAUUUGAGAUGUCAGAGUGACAAGUAGUCGAGUGUUCUCGCGGAGUGGGAAUUUUUUUUCGAUUGGUGCAAGAGUCAAGAGUAAACUACUGAAAACGUUUCAAUUAAUUUCUCAACUAAUUUCUGCCUAGGAGUUAUCUUUUUUUCGGAAACUAUAUUCUAUAAAAAAUUUAGAUUGAAUAUUUUCUCCUUUUCUUUAAAUUUUUCCCAAAGUUAAUCUGUGAACUGAUAUAUUAUAGUAUCAUCUGUUAAAUUAAAAUUAGGAGGACCAAGGGAAAUAUAAAUCGAAACGAUGAUUCAAAUCUUUUCAUUAGUAGCUCACCUGCCAACAAAUUUCUUAUACAAUAUAUGUAGUAUUUCGCCACUUUACGCAAAGAGAUAUACGCUUUGGAAAUUAUUUAAAUAAAUAAAUAUGGCGCUAAUAAUCUGAUAAGAAACCGCGAAGAUAAUACGAAUAAUUGAAUAAUAUGUUGCUAUUAAUUAUUAGCUGGAAACUAGAAAUUAUUUAAUGCUCGAUAUUUUUGAUCAGCGGCUUCCGGUUCUGUAACGGAAGUCUCGUGUCAUGCGACAGGUGUCAAGCCGUAAUAUCUGGAGCAUACGUUACUUCUGUCUCGAUACUUGAAGCAUAUCGCCAAAUUGCGCGAUAUUAUCAAGAUCUUGCAUCAAUUCGGACUAAAUGUUUACAAUAGUCGGAUAUACGCGGCGAAAAUUGGCAGUGAAUAUCGAGUCUUUUGCGUCGUUACCGCGCUGGUCGCGGAUCGAUCUUUAUCUUGCGAGAAAAACUAGAAUGUGUCGUGCGACACAUGAUUAUUACCUUCGCCGUUAACGAUCCAAGGGUUGCAGUCGGCCUAUCAUACCUCGUAUAAAUUUACAAAGACUUUUGUUAUCAUAGUAAUUUCCGCGCGUUUCUUUUCAAGAAUUAACGUGUUUCGAGUUAACAAUUACAACUGCAAUUUUUAUGAUACAAAACUAUCUCGAUUUUUAACAACCAUUAACAUUGAAAUGACUCGACUAAACAAAAUCGCAAAGGUGUAAUGUUUUAAAACUAACGGACUAUCUUAAUUUAGAUCUAAUCCGACGUUAUAAUAUCAAAAUAGAGAGCGACAGGGAAUUUUCCUUUAAUUAAACUUAGCUAUUUCAUUGAGUCGAGAGAAUCAGUUUUUAAAUUAUCAGAAAUGAGUUUAGUGUUUUUUUUUUUUUUUUUAAUUUGAGGGAUGAAACUUGUAAUUGCGCAUUCACGUUGCUCUUGAGUCUUCGGAAAAAAAAAAAAAAAAAAUUGCUCGGAUCAUCGUUACACUGAAUCGUGCGAUUGUUCGGGCAACAAAGUGCUAAAGAGCGGCUGCGGAGAGCGCGUUGCGCGCCAGAUCUUCGCGGAGGCGCAGACUGCGUGAUUCUCACUCAGUCGACGACGCCGCGGGACUUCCGGCAUCAUCGCCAAAAUUGCGCCGUCCUCUUGGCAGGGCUUCUGGUGCUCGUGACGCGCGUCAGCGAAGUUCCCCGCUGCGGGAACGGCGAUUGCAUUACUCACCUAUCGUCAGCCAAAUCGUGUAUCUCACGGAGAUCGUUGCGGAGAGAUCGCUACCGUCGGGGGAAAAUCUUCGCGCGUCUCCGUCCUUUCACCGGCGAUCACCAGCGAUGUCCGGAUUCUGGAAUCGAGAUUUAUCGGAUUUCCGUGCUCGUCGUAUAAGGCAAAUCAGACUCGAUAUUAAAAUGCCGACCGAGUGCAUCGCCAACCCGUUGCAGCGGGAGCUGGCCGACUCGAUAAUACGGCUGCAGCCGCUCGACGAGAUCCGCAUCCUCCUCGCGUGCGGCGCCAAGCCGAACGAGCCGGUCACCCAGGGCCUCAGGCCCCUGCACUACGCCGUCUGGCAGCGGUACACCGAGGCCGCCCAGCUGCUGCUGGUGCGAGGCGCCGACAUCGACGCCACCGACGAGUGCGGCUACUCGGCCCUGCAUCUCGCCGCCGAGCACGGCUACCUCGACCUGGUGAAGCUGCUGCUGAAGUAUGGCGCCAAGGUGGACCAUCGACAGGACACGGGGGAACUCUUCCCUAGGACUAUGUUGUGCGACGAGCCGCUACGCUUGGCCCUACGAAACCGCCACGUCGAGGUCGCGAAGACCCUGCUCGAGGCCGGCGCCAAUCCGAACAAGAGGUACUUCUUCGGCUCCGAGAUUAAUCUGGUGUCGCCCUUGGACCUGGAGUGUAUGGAGCUGCUGUUAGCCUUCGGCGCUUAUCCGAACACUCGGGAUCGUGCCGGGUUGACGCCCCUCAUGAAGGCCGCCAGGCUACCGCAGGGUAUAGCCUCGGUGCUUCUGCUGCUGAGCUACGGCGCCGAUGUGAACGCGACGGCGGACGCCAGGCACGAUUACCGGACGGUGUUGCACUACGCGAUCCUCGGCGGCGACCCGGCGGUGAUCAAUCUGCUGCUGAAGCAAGGCGCCCGGCUGGACCUCGGGCCGGACUAUCAGAAACCGACGGCCCUGGAUCUGGCCGUACUCAAGGGCGACCCGUCGAUCGUCGAGAUGCUGCUCGAAGCGGGCGCAGACGUGAACGCUUCGUCGCCGAUCAUCGGCUCGCCUCUUCACGUGGCGUGCGCGGACAACAUCCCGAACCGGUUGGAGAUCCUGUGCAUGCUGCUCGAGCGCGGCGCCGAUCCCAACCUGGUGAUACGUAGCGACGACGGGCCGGCGCUGCGGCCGGUGCUCGCCGAGUACGUCGCCUCGAACGAGAACCCGUCCGUGGAGGUGGUGGCGUUGCUGCUGAAGUACGGCGCCCGGGUGGUGAUCAAGACGCAGUUCCGCGAUCCGCACGGUAUCCUCAACUCCCUGCAGAACACGGCCGACAAGCCGCUGUUGUUGCGUGCGCUGCUGGAGGCGGCGGAGAGCUUCGACCCGUGCAUGAUACGACGAUCCAGCAGUCUGACGGACGCGCAGAAAGCCCUGGUGAUGGAGGCGGCCAGGACGCCGCUGCCGUUGACCCAUCAGGCGAGACUGAUAGUCCGCAAGCUCUGUGGCACCAAGCUGCCGAAGAUAGUCAGGAAGUUGCAGCUGCCGCAGUCGUUGCACCGUUAUCUCCUCUACGACUACUACUAGCCGAGGAUGAGUUGUCGGGGGAUCGAGACGUUUGUUGGGAGGGAUGAUAUUUCGGUCGGAGCACUUCCUUGGAUUUCCGGUGUGAAUUGCUGAUUCUUAUAUUCCACGCCCUUGAAUCGGGAAUUAAAUGGAGCUACGAAACGCGAAACAGCAUUGAGUUUACUUUUUUUUUAGUUUUUUAAAAUUAUUAAUUAUAAAUGAAAGAGGUUAUUUACCAAAAGAAAUUAAUUUAUUUAUUUAUUCUAGCUACUAUUAUUAAUACUUCGAUAGCUAUCUAAAAUUAUAUAAUACAAAGAGAACGAUUUUGAAACUUUCGUGCUGAUCAAUGCUGUUUUCUUUUUCAGAGCUUCGUCAAAAUCGUAGACUUGAGAUAAAAAGGACAAGUGUCACCUCGCUAGAAAUGAUCUGUACCGAUAACAUUCGUCGAAGUUUUCCUCGAAGAUUAUUGGAGCGAUGCGGAAGAUAAAGUAUUUGCGCGCUACUGUGAGUCUACGUCAAUUCGAUGAGUACAAUAACGAGGCUGUCGAGGCAUCAACCUCUUAUUUUUACUUAGAGUAUUCUUCUUUUACACGAUAUAUAUAUGAAGCGAUAUAACGCUUAGACAACAGUAUAUAUGUUAUAUGUAUAUUACUUGUACUUAUUACUUGUACUUAUUACGAUUCUAGUCAUCAAAUGUUUUAUAUGUAUGUAUUUUCUCCCUACUUUAUAUGUAUAUCGAGAAGAUUAAUUGUUCGUGACAAUAGAAAAGCGAUACAGGAUACGCAUUCUCGUUGCUCAAACGCGUGAACGGCCGGGAUUUUCUGUGUAUUUAUCGCGAGGUACUCUUGAAUCUGUGGGAAUAUUGCGUACAGAGUUUUAGGGAGUUACGCAGCGAAAAAGCUCGUUGCUCGGCGUCUAUAGCUGCGGGCAAACCGGGAGAGAAUCUCUUCCAACGAGACGAUUGGCUUUUUUGUACCUUUGUAUAUAUGAUGAUAUAUACGCUCAACAUGUACAAUAAAGAGAAAUAAAGGAGAAUCAAAAAGGAA